AUCAAAGCAAAGCUGUUCAGAAAAGCGAUUGGCCCUAAUAGUCGGUUCCCCUCUGUGAAGCUGCGGGCACUCGCUGAGUCCCCGAAGGUUGAAAGGGGAACCGACUAUUAGAGCUGGAUUUUAAUUCUUUACCGGUCAUGGCAAAACGCUUCCAUUAAGCUCCUUCGUACCGGAAUACGUUUCUGGAAAUCCGAUGGUAAUUCCCAAGGCAUAAUAUGAUCUACAGAACCCUUGCAAAUGGGUGAUUAUCAAUUCUCAUAUCUCUCCUUCGCCAAUCGACCACUCGUCCAAAUCUUCAACAGCCCCCUCCCUCGUCGAAACGUACCAUCUCGGCCGCUCUUGUAUCCAAUUUCAGCUAUCAAUCAAAUCAAUCUAUCCGGCAUCAGCACGUCCAGAAACACACCCCGCACUCUCGCUGCAUAAACCAUGUCUUUGCCCCUAAUUUCGGAACCCAGAUCCCCAUCGGGCGCGUGUUCAAACGCAUGCACUUCGAGCCCCUGACGCAGAUCAUCCCGAUCUAGUCUGGAGCGCUACAGCCUCAGCUUAUGGUAUCCAAUACGGGCCUGUCACCCCUCCAUGCUUUUUGCCGAUGGUAGCAGGGGAGUUGAAAUUUGAUGCUGCGUUGGUGGAAAGGACUCAGCCGGUACCAAGAGUCUUCUUUUUCUGUUUGUCUUCUUUUUCUCGUUGUGGUUUCCUGUCUUGUUUGUUUGCAUUGUUUCUGUGAAGCUUUUGAGUUCGUUAUGGAGCAGUUCUGUGUUUUGUUGAAUGUAUUUUGAUGACUUCCCAGCGAGUUUGGAUUUGGAUGACGAUUUUCUUAAUACUUUGGCUUGAUUGUUUUGGUCGAUGCCGCAUCGUCUUUGCUUAGGAUGGGGAAGGAUCAUUCCUCAAUUAGUUGUGCGUUCUAUUCUGCGAGAUUAACAUGGAGAGUUACUGGCCAGACGAGAAUGGUAGCCUCGGUGUUGAAAAGCAGUCAUAGUAUGAGGAGAAAGGUCUCUAAUCAGGAGGCAACUGAUGUGGAAAAUGAAAAGGAGGGGUAUUGGAAAAGGGGAGAGUGUUCUGAGAAGGAUUACUUUUCCGUGACACCACCAGGGAAGAUCAAGAGGCCAUCUUCCCGAGGGGGUAAAAGUUCAUGCUAUCUGUGCAAACUUAAGGAUGAAAAGGUCAAAGUCAUCGAACCUCAAUUGCCGCCAUGCAGUAUCGAACCAUUGAGCUGCGAGUCAUCAGCAGUUAGAUAUCUACCCAUAACGAGGACCCAACCUCCAAGUCCUCCUCUUCGUACCACUUCCCUACCAUACUUCAGACAGCUUCGAAGCCUGGGUCUUACUGCCAAUCCAUCGGCACCUUUGCCCCACUUCUCACUUUCUCCAGGAGACGGCCAGUCUUUCCAGUGGCUCGUACUGGCGUCCGCAGAUAAACACGGGCUACACGAGUUCAUGGAUCCCGUAUGGGACAUACUUCUGCAAGUCUUCCACACCGAGCCUUGUGUACGACAUGCGAUUCUGGCAAUAGCGGCAUUGCAUCGGGAUUUCCGCCAUGGCUCGAGUUCGUGGGAAUCGUUAGGCAGUCGGAACCAAUAUCACAUUAUCCGCCAUUACAUAAAGUCCAUCCGAGGCUUAGCCAUUCGCUUGGAUGGUAUCACAGGGAAAACAGAUGGUCUGGCAUGGGAAACAUCAUUUAUCACAUCAUAUCUCUUCACGGUUCUGCAAAUUGUACUGAAAAAUGCAAGUGGUGCGUAUCUUUGGUUGAGAGCGGGGUAUAGGAUAUUGAAGCAUGCGUUUCGAAUUUUCGGGCACGAGAUCGAUGGUCGCAGGUUACCUGCUAGUAUGAGGGAUGUUGCGAGGGCUUUUGGGAGGUUGGACAUGCGGAGCAUCAGGAAGGAGAGGUCAAGCUAAAAGUGGAUGACUUAUAUGAGCGUAAGCGUUUUGUGUUGCAUCUGGUUGAUGCUGUAGUGACGGGCUACAAGAAAGCGGGAUAGUGGUAAUCAUGAGCGAAGCAUUGGAACGAAAUGGAAGUGGAACUACAGCAAUGCGUCACUUUUCCGAGGAGAAAAGUUCAAGCAUCAUCUAGACAACCAAAACAAAGAUUGCUCGGCCUAGCCUUCAAGUGUAUGAACAAGAAAGGGAGGCAUCAUUCGAGCUGUCGUCCUCAGAUCGCCAAUUCUUGAACACAAGCAGACCAGGGUGAUCUCACAGCUCGCAAGGGGGC